GGGCCUGUUCAUCAUUGAUCCAAACGGCGUGGUGAAGCACAUGAGUGUGAACGACCUGCCGGUGGGCCGCUGUGUAGAGGAGACCCUCCGUCUGGUGAAGGCCUUCCAGUUUGUGGAGACCCACGGCGAAGUGUGUCCGGCCAGCUGGACCCCUGACUCCCCAACGAUCAAACCAACCCCACACGGAUCCAAGGAGUACUUUGAAAAAGUCAACUGACCAAAGUUCACAACGCUCUCAGCUUAAAAACAGUGAAUGGUAGAAAUCUGAAAACAAAUGAAACACUCUUAGUUUACAGUUUGUAAAGUUGUAUUUACUCAUACACAGCUGAAUAAACAAAUAAAUCGAUUCUCUCUCAGAACGACA